AUGAAUGUGCACUACACUACAGACACGGUAUCGUCCAGCCUGAAGGAAGUCUCAAGCAUUGGUUGUGUAGGAGAGAGAAAAGGCUUAAGAAAAGAAAAGAAAAUUUUCUUUUUUUUUUUUUUUGUACGAACAUCUGAGGAUUCUUUUAAAUUACAAACACAAAAAAAACAACGAAAACAGAGAAAACAACAUAAAAGAUUAACAAUGGGAGAGUACCGAGAGGCCAUUGAAAAAACUUCAUUUGGAUUACCAAUGCGUGAAAAUUUUCUUUUGGACAAAGAGACAACUUUUAUAAAUCAUGCUUCUUAUGGUAGUAUACCACGAGAAGUAGCAGAUGCUCAAAAUCGUCUCUCUCAUUUUCUUUCUCUCACACUUUUUCUUUCAGUUUUCUUGCUUUUAUUCUCUUCCCACUUUUUAUCUCCCACUCAUUAUCUUCUUUCUUUUCAUUUUUUCACCUUCACUCAUUCUCUUUUUCUCACUUUUUUAUUUUUUACUCACACUUUUUUUAAUUCUAUUUUCUCUCUCUCUCUCAUUCAUUCUCUUUCCUCACACUUUCUCAUUCUCACUUUCUCUCAUUCUCAUUCAUUCUCACUCACUUUCUUUUUCUCAUUCAUAUUCUCUCACUUUCUUUUUCCUCACACUUUCUCAUUCUCACUUUUUCUCAUUCUCUCUCACCUUCUUUUUCUCAUUCAUAUUCUCUCACUUUCUUUUUCCUCACACUUUCUUAUUCUCUCACUUUUUCUCAUUCAUUCUCUCUCACUUUUUCUCGUUCUCUCUUUAUUUUUUUCUCAGAUUUUUUCAUCCUUUUCCAUUCACUCCCUUUUUAUUUCUUCCCCACAAUUUUUCUCCUUCUCAUUCAUUCUCUCUCACCUUCUUUUUUUUCUCUUUCUUUUUCUUGUUUUUCUAACACUUUCUCAUUCUCAUACUUUUUUGUCAUACUUUUUCUCCUUCUCAUUCAUUCUCUCUCACCUUCUUUUUUUUCUCUUUCUUUUUCUUGUUUUUCUAACACUUUCUCAUUCUCAUACUUUUUUGUCAUACUUUUUCUCCUUCUCAUUCAUUCUCUCUCACCUUCUUUUUUUUCUCUCUUUCUUUUUCUUUCUCAUUCAUUUUCUUUUUUCUUUCCCUCUCUUUCUCACUCUGAUUUUCUCUUCUACUUUCUUUAUUAUUCUGUUUUUCUCACUUUCUCAUUCUCUCCUUUUCAUUCCUUUCUCUCUAAUGCUUUUACAUUCUCUUCAUCCCUCUUUUUAUCCAUGA